AUGACCAAAAAUAUGUUCUUUAAGGCUCAAAUUAUGUUAUUUGCCCUCUUUGGCUUAUGUCUGCCCCUCGAAGUAAUACUAUCUCGUUUCGAUUUUCCUAAGAAUGGCCAAAAUUCUAUUCAAGAGGCCUCGAUUCAAGAAAUUUAUCAGUCAUUUUCUUCAGUUGAAUGGCAUGAAUGCAACUUUUCGACGAUAAGAAAUUGUGUUUCUGCUUAUCCAAGUAGUUCAGUAUUACUAGAUCUUUCAGAUUCUUCUGAUGCCCAGUCUAUUAUUUCCCAAGUUUGUGCAGGCUACUCUAUGAUCCACCUCGUUUACCAAGAUGGAUUUUUAUAUCAGAACGGGUGGAUUUAUUCUGUUAUCUCUUCGGAAACUGAGCAAUUAAACGCUUUUUUAGCUGUCUUAAAGUAUUCUGUUCUACAAAUAUAUUAAUACAAUAAUAUAUUCAUAGAAAUUUGGCUAAAUUUUUCAUAUUUAAUUAUUUCAGAAUUUUUCGAGCAUUAAGAAGCAUAGGAUUGCUUAUGAUGUUGAUUAUAUUUUGGCUGGAAUCAAGGAAUUGUUAUUAGCAACCAAUAUAACUCAAAUUGAAAAGAAAAAAUUACUAAAAACUAUUCAGGACUAGAAGUUUUUAACGUUCAGCUAGGUACAAAUAUUAAAGAUUUCAUAGAUAAAAUAGUUUUUCCACUAGGUGCAACGCUUUAUUACAUUUUUACUUGCCCUAUUUUGUCAUCACAAAUUCAGGGUUAUAUGAAAACAAGGAAAUUACUGGAUAAAGGGCAAGGAAUUAUUUUGAAUCAAGAAAGCGGGUAUUGCGAAAAUAAUGAUGGUGCUUUGAUAAUCGUAAAAUCUGGCUAUGAAUUUGUGAUUUCAAAGGAGGAAUAUUUCAAAAAAGCUACAAUAGAUGCUAUUUAUUUAUUAGAAAAAAAUGAAAAUUUGAGGGAUUACAAAGAGUUUCUAAACUCUAAAUUACAAAGAAGCUAUGAAAAUCAAUUUUCAUUAGUUAAUAUCCAGGGUGGAAAAAGAGUUAUUGUAGGCUCUAUUAUAAACGGAAACGUUUCCAUAUCAGGAAAUUUAAAUUUUCCUGGCCAAACAAGUCAAAUCCCAAAGUCAACAAAAAAACUCUUGCAAUUAAGCAUAAAUGCUGGUACCACAAAUCCUGGGUCAUCCCCAAUUUAUAAUGCAUUAGUUGGCGCUCGAGGGACUUUUGUAAUUCAAAAAAAAAUCAAUGAAGGAAAUGAUAUCCUAUCAAAUUUCCAGCUCGAUUUUUUUACCUAUGACUGUGGAGUCACUAUCUUUAAUUCCACUUUUGCCCAAGCUUGCUUCACCAAAAAUAUAGAUAAGCUUGGCUUUGCUCACAUUGCAGGCUUUUCUUCAAUGAUGGCUGUUGGGACAAUCCAAUUAUUUGAGAAACUUAAUAUAUCAGUUCCAAUAAUUGGCGCUGCAAAUGCUGAUGAUUUAUUGAACUCUACAGCAUUAUUCCCUAUGUAUUCAAGAGUCCAGCUAUCACAGUCUUUUAUUUGUUCAAAAUAUUUAGUUGUAAUUAAAGGAAUGGGCUGGAAAACUGCUGCAGUGUUAUAUCAGAGUGAUAUUUGAGGGGUCACUGUUUAUUCUCUUGUAAAGCUAUUUGCUGAAAAAUAUGGGAUCGAGAUUUUAAAUCCAGAAGAAUCAAGACUAAUACCAGUCGGACUAGAUAGAAUUCACAAAAAAAACGUUACAAAUCAGUUGAAAAAAGUCAUAAAUUCACAAGCAAGGCUCCUAGUUUUACUUGUACAGCAUCCAUUAGGAAAUUAUAUAUUAGAAUGGCUUUACGACCUAGGAGCAAGAAAAGGAGACUAUGUGGUCUGUGCUGGCUAUCCAGAUCUGCCCACAUUUAUUUCUAUUGAUGAUGAUUAUUUAUAUAAGAGGCUGGAGACUGGAAUCCCUAUGUUUACAAUUGCGGGCGAAACUUGAUCAGAAGAAUUUGGUAAAGAUAUUUAUAAAAGAAUCCUCACUACUUAUAAGUCAGAGCCAAAUACUUUUUCCUGUACAUAUGCUGAUGCUACUUAUAUGAUUGCUAGUGCUUUAGAUUUUAUGAUAAAUAGAGGAUUAGACUAUACUGAUUCUAGAAAACUCAUGACAACAAUAAGAACCACCCAAUUUCAUGGCUGCACUGGACUUGUACAGCUCGAGAAAGGCAGCAAUGAUAGAAUUGUUGAUACAUUGAUAAUUGCAGGUGUAAAAUUAAUUGACGGAACCCCUUCCCUUUACAUUAUUGGGGUUUUUCAACCUUUUAGCUCGAAAUUAAUAUCUAUAAUAAACCCAAUGAUAUACGCUGACGGAUCUACCUUAAAACCAUCAGAAUCCCGUAGCUCUGACUAUGAUUGUCCAUUUCCUGACCGAGAAAUUCAAUCUUUUGAUAAAGGUAAAGGCCUUUUAUUUGGAAUUUGUUUUUCUGUAGCUUUAGUUAUGAUUAUUAUCACAUUUUUUAUAUGGAAAAGAUGGUGGAAUGUCUCUAUAGAGCCGCUUAUCACAAAAGAAGAAAUGUCGAUCCAAGAUUUAAUUGUCGGACUUACUAUUGGAAUAGAAUUUUUUCAAUAUGCUGCAAUGGGACCAAGUUUUCAGGUUAUUAAUUCUUUUUUAUCAGAGUUAAGCGGAUUGCUUUCUAUGAAGCUAGAAGAUGUGAUAAACCUGAAAAACGGGGUAUUUUGGAUUGUUGUGGAUUUUGUGUUUGGAGGGAUUGGAAUAUGGGUCAUUCUUUGUGCUGUUGUAAUAUUGGAGCUUGAUGACAGAAUAAGGUUUCUUUCGAUAUUUAGGUUUCUAACUCACCUUAGUGAGCGAACAAAAAAUUUUUAUUCGCUUACGGAGGGGGUGUUAAGUUUUGUUUUAAAAAGAAUUUAUAUAUAAAUUUUAUAAAGAUUUUUGUUUUUUCAAUUGGUAAAAAAUUGAUAAGCAAAAAUUAAUUUAAUUUGUAAAAUUUAUGUUUUAAAAUGUAAGCUGUUAAAAAAUUAAACAGAAAUUAGCUAGAAAUUUUAUUAUUAUAGUUAUCACUUAUAUAUAAAAAAUUUUUUCUAUUAAAAAUAUUUUUGUUCGCUCACGGAAGUGGUUUUUUAGUCAUAAAUAGGAUUUUUCUAAUGAUUUUGUUCUCUCACGGAGGGGGGAGUAAGGUGGCUUGCUGACUGCUUGAUGCCUAUUUUAGGAAAUCUUUGUUUUAUCCCAUUUACCUCAAUAUGUCUUGAUAUAUUCCAAUGUGACGAAUCAAUAGGAGACAAUUUUACUGAUAGCUUUCUUGCUAAAGACUGCUAUUAUUUCUGCUGAAAAGGCAAGCAUUUAAUAUACGCGAUUAUUUCGUUCUUUGCUCUGCUGUUUUAUCAGCCAUUAGCAGUCUAUUGUCGUCCACUUUGGCAAGACCUGCAGCCUACAUUGCAUGUGUUUACUUCUCCUGUUUUUCUUAUGGUAAAAACAGUUAUUCAAACAACUUUGAUAGUAAUGAGUAUAACAUUGAAAAGAUCAUACGCAAUCCCUCAUGGGAUCAUCUUUAUCCUUAUUAUGACAGCUUAUACUGUAUUUAUUUUUAAAUUUAAGCCGUAUAAUUAUCCAAGAUUUAGCUGAUGGCAAGGUGUAAGUAUGAUUGGAGUAGUAUGGCUUGCUUUAUUGUCGAUGAUUGGGCGAAAAGCUGAAGGCAAAGAUCUUUCUGUUGUGCUUUUAAUUAGUUUGAAUGUAGGGUGGAUUAUUAUUAUUGGAAUUGGGUUUUAUGUACAAAAUAUAAAAUAUCCGAGUUUGCUUUAUAGGAAAAAAGGAAUUGAUACAACUCACUUGUUUAAGUUUGCAUUCACUUUUGGAAAAAGUUCACAAGCUACACUGUCAAAGAUAUCGAAAAACUCAGAGACAAAAUUUAGUAAUUUAUAA